GAAACAGAGCCUUUAAUCUUUCUUAUUGUUGCAUUUGUCUCUUUACUUGUUAAAGUGAAGACCAGUAACUCUUACAGACAUUUACAACUGGCUGAUUCCUCUGAGACAUUAUCAAUAAUUGUUAGAUAGUUGGAUUAACAUAGAUAAAGCCUGUUACUUAGUAACUCACUGGUAAUACCUUAACAAAGUACUAUAUAGUCUAACAGAGGCAGUUCUCAUUUGGUUGCAAGCCAUGGAGAAUAGCACAGAAACCCCUUCAGAAGAGGAUCAACAUGUAAAAUUUGGUGUACCGGAUAUCAUUGUGGUUGUUGUUUAUUUUGUCUUUGUUCUUGGAGUUGGAAUAUGGUCUUCAAUCCGUGCAAGCCGUGGCACAGUGGGUGGAUAUUUUCUUGCUGGGAGAACCAUGACUUGGUGGCCUAUUGGAGCAUCUUUGAUGUCUAGUAAUGUCGGAAGUGGAUUGUUUAUUGGAUUGGCAGGUUCUGCAGCAGCGGGAGGACUGGCUGUUGGAGGCUUUGAAUGGAAUGCAUCGUGGGUACUGGUUGCUCUUGGGUGGAUUUUUGUGCCAGUUUAUAUCGCUUCCGGAGUGGUCACCAUGCCAGAGUACCUGAAGAAACGUUUUGGAGGAGACAGGAUCCGUAUUUACAUAUCUGUGCUGUCUCUUAUACUCUACAUAUUUACCAAGAUAUCGACAGAUAUUUACUCAGGUGCUCUCUUCAUUCAAGUAUCUUUGGGUUGGAAUAUUUACUUAUCCACUGUGAUAUUACUGACUGUAACAGCAAUUUACACAAUAGCUGGUGGGCUGACUGCAGUCAUAUAUACAGACACUGUACAGACUGUCAUCAUGGUGGUUGGUGCUUUUGUGCUCAUGUUCAUAUCUUUUGAGAAGGUUGGUUGGUACCCUGGACUUGAACAGAAGUACAUGGAAGCAAUGCCAAAGAUAACUGUUCCAAACACAACAUGCCAUAUACCACGUGCAGAUGCCUUUCACAUCUUUCGUGAUCCUAUCACAGGAGACCUGCCUUGGCCUGGUCUCAUCUUUGGUUUGACUGUGCUAGCCACAUGGGUUUGGUGCACUGAUCAGGUUAUAGUACAGAGAUCACUUGCAGCAAAAAACCUAUCCCAUGCCAAAGGAGGUUCGGUAGUUGGGGGUUACUUGAAAAUAUUGCCCAUGUUUUUUGUAGCGCUGCCAGGGAUGAUCAGCAGGGCUUUAUAUCCGGAUGAAGUGGGAUGUGUUGAUCCAAAAGAGUGUCUCAAGUAUUGUGGUGUUGAAUUGAGCUGUAGCAAUAUUGCAUAUCCCAAACUGGUGAUCACACUCCUGCCUGUUGGGCUGAAAGGAUUAAUGAUUGCUGUAAUCAUGGCAGCUCUUAUGAGUUCUCUCACAUCCAUAUUUAAUAGUGCCAGCACAAUUUUUACGCUAGAUGUGUGGUUGCAUAUACGACGGAAUGCCAAAGAACAAGAGCUCAUGAUUGUUGGCAGGGUUUUCAUUUUUGUUCUUGUGGUUAUAAGCAUCAUUUGGAUUCCCAUCAUUCAAGCAGCAAACAGUGGUCUGCUAUUUGAUUACAUGCAGUCUGUGACCAGUUAUCUCUCUCCACCAAUCACCGCCAUUUUUAUUUUGGCUAUUUUUAUCAAGAGAGUAAAUGAACCAGGUGCAUUUUGGGGUCUGAUAAUUGGAUUGCUGGUGGGACUAGUCCGUAUGAUAAUGGAUUUUGUUUAUCAAGCCCCUUCCUGUGGUGAAGAAGACACACGUCCUUCUAUACUUAAAGAUGUUCAUUAUUUAUAUUUUGCACUUAUUCUGUUUGGGUUGACAGCUGUUAUUUGUAUUGUGAUCAGCCUUUGCACUCCAGCCAUUCCUGAAGAGGAUCUUGCCCGUAUGACUUGGUGGACGAGGAAAAGUUCUAUAUACAAAGAAGAUUUGGAAAAUAGUUUGCAACAGAUGCCUGACCCUGCUGAAAUACCUACUGAAAUACCAGCUAUAGAAAAAGAGCCAGCAGGAAUGAUUUCAGCUGAAAAAGUUCUUGACAAUGACUCUGUUCUGGAAGACGAGAAAGAAGAACAUGAAGUUACAAAGUAUGCCUGGUGGAAGAAAAUAUAUUUCUGGUUUUGCGGAAUAUCCAUCCAUCCAGAAGUCAAACUGUCAAGUGAAGAGCAAAAGAUAUUGCAAAGGAAGCUAACCAGCAUUGAAGAAAAGCCUUUCUGGAGAGAUAUUUGUGAUAUUAAUGCAAUCGUUCUUUUGGCUUUCAAUGUCUUUCUGUGGGGCUAUUUUGGGUAAAAGAAUAAGAAUUGUAAAUUUAGGUGGGUGGAAAUUUUAAUUGAUAAGGAGCAAGAAAAAAUAACUAAACUGCGUUCUUUGGAGUAUUUUACCUCUGUGUUCUUUCAAAGGAUUAAAUGCAAUUGUAAUGGGAUAAACUGAAAUGAAAGGACACAAUGGGCAGACAGGUCAAUUCAUAGUCCAUGGCUGGGAAUCUACCAUAUUUGUCAUGGUUAUGACCACCUGUACAUAAGAUGUGUAGUUCCACUCUUGUUACAGUCAGGUUUAUUUCCUGUGCAUGCAGAGACACCUUAGUUGACUUUUCACUAGUUUAAAAUGGAAAUAUUAUGUAACAGAGCUGGGCCGCCAUAUAACGGCACCUCCUCUGUCCACUGACACUGCUGCUCCAUGCUUGGUAACUCCUCUUUCCCACCCGCUCUCGACACCUCUGCAGGGCCUACGUUAAAUGACUUAGCAAUUGUAUGUGCCUAGGGUCCUAUUGCCCUUCCAAGAACUGACCUUGAGUUCAUCUUAGUUUGAGUACAUUACAGGGGCACACUUGUCCAAUGUGUAAAUAAUAUAGCCAACUGCAACAUGGACCAUGCAUGCUCCUUCUUAAAAAUGUCCUUUUAUAAAACGUUUUCACAAAUAAUAAUGCAUUUUUUUCAUAAGAAUUUAUUUAGCAAUACAUAAUAAAGCAUUUUGCCAAUUGAAA